AUGUCUACCUCGCCUAGCGAGCAGAGCGAGGGUGGCGUCCCUCUCCUGUCGUCGCCACGGACUCCGCCUAGGUGGGCGAAUGACCGUUUGUCGAUCCACGGGGGAGAUCGAAAAGAAGAAGCCGGAGGGUACGCCCGCAGCCCUUUCCCCAACUCCGAGCCGGAGCCUCGAUCCUACUAUGGCGUCAGACCUCCUCGGCCAAUUUCUGAUGGGGAGUUUCUGAGAAGCAAUUUUUCCAGCCCCGACUAUGCCUGCCCUGCCCCUAUCGUGGCAUAUAACAGCACAGUUCUCGAAACAAUCCCCGCGGGUAGCGUCGCUCCUCCCCCAGCCCAUCCUUCCACCAGCCGGGGAUACUACUCUGCCGACAACUCGAAGCAUGGCAUAGAGGAGAUGAGCAAGUCGAUUGGAAAUCUAAACACGACUGCCCAUCCGGAUCAACAGGCUGCGCACUUCCACGUCCGCAUUGCCCACCAACGUAUCAACGGUAUCAUCCAGGGAGCUCGUAGGCGGGCUGACAUGCCCCCGCAAUUUGCCCACCAGCUUGAAUACGAGUUGAAGGAGACCAGCCAAAGCCUCGCCAGAGUGACGCUGGCCAUCGACAAGCUUUCACGCCACCUCGAGGAGAAGAUGGUGGAUUGUGAUCGUGUCCAGGCAACAGCCGGACUACAGGCAGUGGAGAUUGAGCGCCUCCGGCACGAUAUUGACACGGCCCGCCGAGAGACCCAGUCUGCUGAGACGAACAGCGAGGAGCUCCAGAAGACAUACCAGGACGUCUUGCGGUCGAUGGAAGAGCAGAGCAAGAUCGACCAAGAGAAGAUCAAGAUGUACGAGGAGCAGCUGAACGGCAAGCGUCACUUGUUCUUCGCCCCUGCUAGCCGUGAUCCCCGAGAGAAGACCAAUGGCUCUAACUCGACCAAUAGAGCCAAUACGCCUACCACCGGCAUGACGUCGGUAUCCCACUCGUCGAGGAUGGCAUCUCCCAGAAUCCCCUUCGCCGUUCCGCCUCGGCCAUCAUCCGCGUUUCCCGGUGCCGGCCCGAGAUCAUCUGGAUCCAAGCCUAGAUCCACCCCGGCUCUCCGUGCCAGUUACAACAAUACGGGGAAUGGCGGCCAUUACAAGUUCGAGGAACCCCGUCCCCGCUACACUUCCAACGAGCUUGGGAGCCCUGUCGCGUCCGGGCCAAGCCAGGCGCUCGUGGCCAAGGCCUCCCCCGAGGUAGAGGCUACAAUUAUGCACUGGCAGGAGAGCUUUGGAAAGGUCUUCUCCAUGGUCCACGGGUGGUGCAGCACUUAUGCCAACCAGGUCAAGACCGAUGACGCGGCACAGAUCCAGGCUCGAGCACCCAGGCUCUGGGACUACAUAAGCGACAUCAUCUACCCAGGCCGGCCGGAGAGUGGCGCCUCCCACGCCAAAUACCUCCUGCAGGAGGGAUCGUCGAGGGUCUAUUUCGUGGAGCGCCUCAUGCUCCAGUACAUCAUCAACUGCAUGUUUGCUGUCGAGGGAUGGACCGAGUUCCGCGAGGACGUGGAUUCCAAGUUGAACGCCCUCUCGCAGAGACUGCAGAGCACGGAGUUGUACAAGACGUUCGAGCGGCAGUCCAUCGUCGACCAGAUCGCGAGCCAUAUUAACAUCAUCCUCAUGGACCCCGAGUUCCCGUCCUUCCGGCAGCGCAAGGAGAACUUCCACCACCAGCGCCUCAAGACCAUCGUGGGGCCCCUGAUGGACAGCUCGGCCUCGCGGUCCGACGCCGCCUACGACCUCCACAACAUAACCGUGCUGGUCCUGCAGGCGUCGGCCAACAUGUUCCAGUCGCGCCAGCACAUCCAGUUCGCGUGGAGCAACACGUGCAGCAAGUUCUCGGUCGAGUCGCACGCCGCAAAGGAGACGGUCGUCGACCCCGUCACCCUGCAGAUGAAGCAGUGGCGCCUCAAGCUGGUCGUCACCCCGCUCAUCACCCUCCGCGACGACCGCGGCCUGACCGCCGUCCCCAGGCGGGUGCUCCGCUCCGAGGUUCUCGUCAUGAACUAG